GUCCAGCCCAGCAACUACGGCACCUUCUACGAUGACCAGCGGCAGAACUGGUCAGUCAUGUUCGAGUCGGAGAAGGCAGCGGUGGAUUUCUGUAAAGAGGUGUGCAUGGCGAAGUGGAACAGCGCCCCCUCUCUGGAGUCAGUGGUAACGCAGGACCUGGUGCUGGGGGAGGGUCAGGCUGUGGAGCGUGGGGACUCGCUGGAGGUGUCCUACACUGGCUGGCUGCUGCAGAACCACACCAUUGGCCAGGUGUUUGACUCCAACGUGAACAAAGAGAAGCUCUUGCGACUCAAGCUGGGAGCUGGGAAAGUGAUCAAGGGCUGGGAAGAGGGCAUGGUUGGGAUGAGGAAGGGGGGCCGGCGGCUGCUCGUGGUGCCCCCCAGCCUGGCGUAUGGAGCACAGGGGGUUUCAAACUGCAUCCCCGGGGACAGCACCCUCAUCUUCGAGGCAGAGAUCCGCAGGGUGAAGUUCGUGAAGGACGCCGGACUGGACCAGCUCAGUUUGGGCUCUCAGGACUCUGCAGCCUCCUCCCCUGCUCCGAGCAUCGAGAGCCUGGGUUACGAACUGCCAGGACAGCCCCCUGCCAGCGCUGCACCUCUCAAACCCGGGUACGAGACAUAGGGAGGGUAUGCAUGUUAAAUCUAAUUUCAUAACUUGCACUGUUCUCUUCCAGUUCAU